AUGGCUACCGCAACGGCAGACCCUGCUGCAAACGCCAGCUCUAGCAUCACCAAAACCCCUGCUCAGCUUAUGCAGGAGAAACAUGAGGCUGCAGAAACCCAUCGUGUGACGGUCGAAGAGGUUGUUGAUGAAUACGAUCUUCAACACCCUCCUCCCUCCCAUCAUGGUGCAGAAGAGGCGAAAGAGACCACAACCACGAGCAACGGGACUGGCAAUGCCCCUAUGUCGGCUAAGGCUGCGGGGAAGCAAAAGGCGGCAGACAAGCCCCCGGUCCUCGACACUCAGUCCGAAGAGGCCUUCCCGGCUCUGGGAGCUGCCACGAAAACUGCCGCCGCUGCGUCCGCAAGACAGCCCGGCUGGAUAGCCAGUGCCUCAGCCAAAGCUGCUCCAACAAAUGGUUCUCCUGCCCUGGGAUCUCGCCCGACUUCUUCUGGCGCUCUGACACCAAACUCGACGCCUGGUGCCCGGACUCCUAUUGCCGCAACCGGCCCACGUGGUACCGUCGUCCUUCCCGGAAGAUACCGUGACUCCUUUGAGAUCGACAACGCCGACUUGGACAAGAGCAAACCCCUAUCACGGGUGUUGAACGAUGUCAAGAAGAAGUUCAAUGUCAUCGUCACUCCGAAGUCCACCAACUUCGCAACCCGCACUGAAUUCAUUGCCGAAGGCCCCAAAGCCCGAGUUACGGAGGCUCUGAUGUACGUCUCUAAGGAACUGACCCUUGAGAAACAAGUUAAACUGGAAAUUCCAUCUACCGUCUCCGCUCAGAUCAUUGGCAAAGCCGGGGCGAAUAUCAAAAAGCUAGAAAACCAGUUCAAUGUCCGCAUUCAUAUUGACCGUGAUACCAAACCUGUGACGAGCCCCGAAGAUGUCAAAACCGAUGUGGUCGAGAUCCGUGGAAACGCUGCUCAGGUUCGACAAGUCUACGAGCAAAUCUCAAACCAGGUCAAGUCGCUUCAGCCGAAGGUCGAUCUCCCUGUACGCAGUAUUCCCCCCGAAUUCUAUCCCUUCAUUGCUGGUCGACACGCAGAUCGUAUCCAACAGUUGGAGCAAGACCGUGACGUUCGUAUCAAUGUGCCGCAGUAUCACACGUGGCAGCAACAGCCACCACCACGACCUGCCGACGCGGAUCAGCCUCCCACUUUCGUCCCUCAUGGAGACAAUCAUAUCGUCAUCUCUGGCGACCAAGCAGCUACCUUAGAAGCGCGUUUGUUCCUCGAGCAGUUGGCUGAAGAGCUUCAAAAAGAGCUCCUCCUCGAAGAGCUUGCCGCCGAACAGAUUUUACAUCCGUACAUCGUCGGAGAGCGCGGGAUGGACCCUCUGAAAUUCUUGGAGGAGACAGGUUGUGCUGUCAUUCUGCCACCACCAAAUCAUGAGACGGAAGAUAUCCACAUCAUCGGCCCCCGAGACAAGCUCGAAGCGGGUCGAAAUUUGGCCGAAGAACUCAUGUCUCGAAAGCACAAUCGAGCCGUCGAUAUGCACAAGCAUUUCAACGACGCCCCUCAGGGCCCGGAGCGUCACUCGAGAGCGCUUGCUCAAUACCUUCAACAGAAGGCUAUCGAGCGGGAAUUCAUGAAGUCCCACGGUGCCGAAAUUAUCUUCCCCCCAAGCAGCAGUGCCUCACCAAGCUGGAGUGUCAUUAGCAACGACCCGCAGAAGGCACUGUCCGCACGCAACGAGCUCUCCAAAAUCACCCAAGCUUAUCCUUCGGCAAGAAUUCAGUUGGUCGAGGUCGAUCCUUUCUUCCAUCCUCACCUCGAACAAAUGCAUGCUUCCAAUCUGAGGGACGGUCUAGGUGUUCAUAUGAUCGUUCCUGAGGACGGCUCGGACCCCGUCGUCCUAGUCUACGAGGGACCUUCACAGGGGCAGGCUUUCUCGAUUCCUCGCAACAAACCCAGCAAAGCUGAAAUGGCCAAUUUUGAGGAAGCCCUUCAAAAGGCACAAGCAUUGCUGCUCAGCAACAUUCCUCAUCAAGGUAUCUCUGUUCAGGAUAUUCACGUUCCAAAGAAAUUUCACGACAAAGUCAAGAGAUUCGUGAACAAUGAGCCUCGGCCAACGCCUCCGGAGGCUUUCCCCGUUCAAGUGGACUUUGGUGGCGCUAGAGGCGAUCCAAGACAAGCCAAUGGCGUCUCUAGAGGCUCCCCGUCCGAAAGAGUCUAUCUCCGUGGUCCGAGCGAGGCAGAUAUUGCGGAACUCCGCCAGAAGAUCGAAGAGUUCCUACGGGAGGCCGAAGAAGACGAGAAAGAGCGUGGAUACACCACGACAUUUGCUUUCCCCGCCCAAUUCAACAAGAACUUGAUUGGAAAGCAGGGCGCCAGCAUUAGGGCCCUGCGUGAAAAGCACGACGUCGAAAUUGACACUCGCGAGGACGGCCAUAUCACCAUCAAAGGCCCCGCAAAGAAAGCGGAGGCGUGCAAAGCGGAAAUUCAGCGCCUUGCCAAACAAUGGGAAGACGAAGUCAACUUCAACAUCAAAAUUGAUCCCAAGUACCAUGGUAUGCUCGUGGGUCGGAAUGGAGAGAAUCUGCAGAAAAUCCAAAGCAAAGUCGACAAUACGGUUCGAAUUGACUUCCCCAAGGUGCAGAAAUUCAGCGAUGACGCCUCUGUCGCCGAUACCGCGAGCGAAGCUGGCGCCGGCCGGGGUCAGCCUCAUGAUGAGAUCAGAAUCCGAGGACCUCGAGCAAAGGCCGAGAAGGUUCGGGACGAACUGCUGAGUCUUCACCAAUACUUGGUGGAUAACUCUCACACUGCCACUGUUUCGGUGGCACAAGGCCAGAUUGCCUCUCUCAUCGGCAGGCGUGGUCAGGAGAUGGAGAAACUCCGAGCCGAUACGGGAGCCCAAAUCGAUAUCCCGAAAGCUGAUGGCUCUGAUCGUGUGACUAUUCAAAUCAAAGGUACCAAGCAGCAAGUCGAAAAGGCCAAACAAGAACUGGAGAAACGAGCCAAGGCUUUUGAUAAUAUUGUAACACGCACUUUGACGGUGGACAGGAAGCAUCACCGUGCUCUGAUCGGAGCUGGCGGCUCUCACAUCCAGAACCUGGUUGCCAAAGCAGGUGGCACCGGGUCCAGCGCCGAACACGUACGAUUCCCCCGUCAAGGGGACGAGUCCGAUGAACUCACUGUUCGGGGCACGGCCGACGUGGUUGAGAAGAUCCUUGCCGCCAUUCAGGCCUUCGUGGACGAGCGAGAGAAUCAAACGACCGAGACGAUCGAUGUUCCCGUCACCCAGCACCGUGCGCUGAUUGGGCCAAACGGCAGUAUUCGAAAGAAACUCGAAGAGGAGUUUGGCGUGACCCUCAAUGUGCCCACACGAGGUACAGGACUCACUGGCGUCAAGAUCAUCGGUCGGCCAGAAAAUGUCUCAAAGGCCAAGGAACGCAUACAAGGCAUGAUUUCGAAGCCUCAGGGCGAAACGAUCAUGGUUCCACGACAUCUGCACCAUAUCGUUUCCAGGAAUGGAGCUCUGUUCCGAGAGCUUUCGCGAGAUGGCAUUCGUGUCGAUCACAAUGGACAGAAACCACCGUCGAAGACCACUGCCAGCCGCGGUCCACGGACGCGAACCAUGAAUGGUGAUAUGCCACUGAUCACGGACCAACCUGGAGAAGAGAACUAUUCAUGGGACAUUGUCUCCAACCAGCAAGAACUGGAUGGUGAAUCAGGGGAGAUCCCGUGGGUGAUUCUGGCCGGGAAGGACGCCUCGGACAACACAGUCGCCAAGGCCAAGGACAAGAUCCAAUCGCUGCUCGAGAAGGCUGCCGAACCCCAGCACACUGGCUUCCUCAUUCUCCCAGAUCCUAGACUUCACCGCCACAUCAUUGGGCCGGGCGGUUCGACCAUCAAUGCCAUCCGGAAACAGUCUGGCUGUGACAUUCAAGUGCCCAACAGGAAUUCUAGCAAGGGCGAGGAAGGAGAAGCUAUCACUAUUGUGGGCAAGGAAGACGGUGUUCUGACUGCUCGGGACAUGAUUCUAGAGGAGAUUAAGAGGGCCGAAGCCGGACGAAACUCGCCGAGGGGUGCUGGUCGUGCUUAG